AUGGCUUCAAAUCCUCACACUGUUGAAGAGAUCUUCAAGGACUAUAGCACCCGAAGAAUCGUUGCUAUUCGCGCUCUCACUCAUGAUGUUGAUAAACUUUACGAGCUAUACGAUUCAGGAAAGGAUAACUUGUGCCUCUAUGGACAUUCAAAUAAGGUCUGGGAAGUAACUCUACCAUCAGAGGAAGUUCCAGCAAAUCUCCCUGAGCCAACUCUUGAAAUCAAUUUUGCAAGGGAUGACGUUAGCCGCAAGGAUUGGAUUUCUUUGGUUGCUAUGCAUAGGGAUUCGUGGUUGCUUUCUCUUGCCUUUUACUUUGGAUUUCAUCUUAAUCACAAUGAAAGGAAACGUUUAUUUGGUUUGAUCAACACUCUUUCCACCAUUUUUCAAUUUGUGACUAACAAUAAACCAAUUAAGGACAUGCCCACCAUAGUUAGCGGAAGCAAAUUUUGGGGAAGCACCGAGGUUGUUCCUGGUGUGGAGAUGAUGGGACAGAUGGUGAACCAGAAGCUGCAGUUUCUUUUGAUGAGGUAG